AUGGCGGUGGGGGAGGCAGCCGUCGGGACACGCCUGCGGCCGAUGCGGGGCAAGGAGGAGGAGUUCAAAGUGGAGGUGUCAGAGUACCUGGGGCCUCUGCUCUUCGUGAAACUGCGCAAACGGCGCCUCCUUCAGGACGACGCCUGGUUUUGCAACUGGAUCUCCGUGCAGACCCCUGGGAGCAGCGGGGAUGAGUUCAGCUUCCCCUGUUAUCGCUGGGUGGAGGGCGAUGGAGUCCUGAGCCUGCUUGAGGGCACUGGCCGCACGGUGGUGGACGACCCUCAAGGCCUGUUCAAGAAGCACAGGGAGGAGGAGCUGGAGGAGAGAAUGAAGCUGUACCGGUGGGGCAACUGGAAGGGUGGCCUCAUCCUUAAUAUGGUUGGGGCCAAAUUGUGUGACCUGCCUGUAGAUGAGAGAUUCCUAGAAGACAAGAAAAUUGACUUUGAGGCUUCGCUGGCCAAAGGGCUGGCAGAACUAGCUGUUAAAGACUCUUUAAAUGUUCUGACUUGCUGGAAGGAUCUGGAUGACUAGAGCAAGCUGGCUAAACAAGUUCAGGAUUCCUGGAAGGAGGAUGCUUUAUUUGGGUACCAGUUCUUCAAUGGUGCCAACCCCAUGCUGAUCAGACGUUCCAAUCAGCUUCCCAGCCGCUUAGUGUUUCCCCAAGGGAUGGAGGAGCUAAAGUCCCAGCUGGAGAAGGAGCUCCAGGGACACACCCUGUUUGAAGCUGACUUCUCCCUGCUGGAUGGGAUCAAGGCCAAUGUUAUUCUGUGUAGCCAGCAGCACCUGGCAGCUCCCCUGGUGAUGCUGAAGCUGCAGCCUGAUGGGAAACUCUUGCCCAUGGCCAUCCAGCUCUUCAGCCCCAAAUCCACUCCUCUUCCUCUUUUUCAUCCAGUUGAUUGUAAACUCUCAGUGUGGAUCUUGAGAGGCUGUCUUUUCCCUGAAGAAUGGGAGCCUUUCUUACUGCAACCCUCUUUUCUGCAGGGCCUUCAGCACUCUCUGAUGUUGCUCCCCCCUGCUGUGUCCCCCCUCCCUCCCUCCCCGCCUCUCUCCCUCUAGUUUAUGCUUCCCCACCUGCAGUAUACCAUGGAAAUUAACCUCCGGGCCAGGAAGCUGGUCUCUGACUUUGGCGUUUUUCCUCAGGUGGUGAGCACAGGCGGAGGAGGCCACGUGCAGCUGCUCCAGAGAGCUGGACACUUCCUAACCUACCGAUCAUUUCCCACUGAUGACCUGGCUGACAGGGGGCUCCUGGGAGUCAACUCUUGCUACUAUGGCCAAGACGCACUGCGGCUCUGGGACAUCACAUCUCGGCACGUGGAGGGCAUCGUGAGUCUCCACUAUAAGACAGGGUUUCCCACAUCCUUACAGACUCGGGAGCAGGCUUGCCACUUCAUCACCAUGUGUAUCUUCACCUGCACUGGCCAGCAUUCUUCCGUUCACCUGGGCCAGCUGGACUGGUACACUUGGGUUCCCAACACACCCUGCACAGUGAGGCUGCCCCCACCCACCACCAAGGAUGCAACGCUGGAGACCAUCAUGGCGAUGCUGCCCAACUUCCACCAGGCUUCUCUUCAGAUGUCCAUGACUUGGCAACUGGGCAGACGUCAGCCCGUGAUGGUGGCUGUGGGCCAGCAAAAGGAGGACUAUUUCUCAGGUGCUGAGCCCAAGGCUGUGUUGAAGAAGUUCAGGGAGGAGCUGGCUGUGCUGGAUAAGGAAAUCGAGAUCCGGAAUGCAAAGCUGGAAAUGCCCUAUGAGUACCUGCGGCCCAGUCUGGUGGAAAACAGUGUGGCCAUCUGA